AUGCGCGUCAUCUACCUGCUGGCAUCGUUGAUCCCAGUCCUCGCCCAUGCGGAGGAUUCGAUGGGCGACCCAUAUCCUACCCUGACUGCUGUCAGUGUCGCGGGAGACUGCGCCGUGACUCUCUACAAUGCCAUCUUGGGCUCCGAGACCACCGGCAAGAUCUCGCGCGGCUCCGCCGGGGUGAUGGCCCAGACCGUGCUAUCCAUCUGCUCACCAGGCGGAAACCGGAUCUUCCGGUCGAUGAGCUGCGACGAGGGCGAGAACGGAAUCGUGCUAGUCGAAUUAUCUCGAAAAGAAAAAGGAUCCUUGUUUUCCAAGCGCAGACCCCACGGCCGCCGCCAUAAUCCUGAGAGUCGCGGUGGCGAGGGACCACGUCAUGGAGUAGAGCGCGGCACUGCAAGGCAUGACCGGGGAGGAAUACCAGGUCACGACGAGGAAAGAUUCCCGUAUCUCUCAAAGCCGUUUGAGGAAGUACCACUGGAUCACGAUACCUGUGAUCGUAUGGGAGACCUAAUGGAGCAGACGCUGCUGGAUGGGUCCAACUCCCAUAAGCAGUGGUUUCAUACGCACUCUACUCUCCCCAACACCGGUGGUUGGAUGUAUGUUUUUGAGUACAGUGCUAUACCCGGCCGCACCCUCAAAGACAUACGUGCCCUGAGGUCGAUCAGGGUCGUGACCUACGUGCGUGACAUCAUUCAGUCUUUCAAAAACGACCCUCUUGGUGUACACGGCACUGGGGUUGCGCACGAAGGACAGAGAUUGGGCUUGUUUGUUUUCUGGGCCAUCCCGCCCGGUCGACCGCGCCAACAGGGCGCAUCCAGCACCAAUCCGUCUACAGAUCACACUAAGUCGAUUUUCAAUGAGAUGUGGGCUGGUUCACGGGGACCAUACGAAUCGCAGUAUGUACAGGCCACGCCAGAAUGGUCCGUUGGAAGCAGUGGUGAAAGAAGGUUAGUUUAUGAGUUUCGGCCGAAGCCCAGGCCGAAACCCAGGCCGGAAGGGGGGCGGGAAAACAUGCCUUCGCUCAGGGAGCAACACGGACCAGAGGUACAGUUUGGCUGA